AUACCAAUAUUUUUUCAUUUUUCAGAACAAAUAUAAGUGGGACCCUGCUCAUGAGGAUGUUGUUCAUACAGCAUUUCUACGAGUUUGUGAAAAAAGAUAUAACCGAAUAAUGACUGAUAUUCAAACCUCAUGCAGAAAGAAGAAUUUUACUGAAAAAAAAAAACUAUACAUGUCUGAUGAAGUUUGGGAGAAGAUAAAUUACAAAUGGACGGAGGACCCUUAAUUCAAUGCGCGUAGAGAGCAAGCCAAGGCAAAUCGAGCAAAGGGCCCUAGGGUAACCCACACGGGUGGAUCUAUGGAUUACAAUGACUUUGUGAGAAAAUUGAAGGAAAAAGAUCCAGAACAUAGGGAUCCAUCAUUUGUUGAUGUGAUCCGUGCCAAAAAAAUGCACCAUCCAAAGGAAAAAGAUAAAAUGCCAACAUAUAUUGAUAAGCAGGCUCAAGAGUAUACUGAAAGAUUAAAUGCAGAGGCCAUUCUGAAAUAUGGAGAGGAUACAACUACAUGGCCAACUGCAGUUGAUGCCAGCUCUUGUCCCAAGUUUCGAGUGGACCUUCAAAAGUUCAUUCAAAGAAAAAAAGGGGGGGGAAGGAAAUUUUACGAAGAAGAUUGGAAAAAAAGAUGAGAAAAAGGACUCAAUUGAAGAAAUGAAAAGUUGGAGGGGUGAAAUGCAAAGUCUAGCCCAAAACCCAUCAAACCCAAUCCAAAACCCACCAAACUCAAGCCCAAUUACCCAAAACCCAAAGCCUACCAACUACCCAAACCCAAAAUCCCAAAACCAAAAAUUACCCAAAACCCAAAACCUACAAUUACCCAAACUCUACCCAACACCAACCCAUUUUAACUUAAAACCCAAUUAUCCAAAGAAAAGAAAAAAGGGAGGGGGGAAUAAACUAAAAAAAAAAAGGGGGAUCUGGAACCCUCUCCUUCCCCAUCAAUCUUUUCUCUCUUCUGCAACCGAGCCAGCCUACCCCCCUGCACCGAGCCUUGCUGCACCCUUGCUGCACCCCUGCUACUCUGCCUCUGCACGCUACAGCAACUCCAGAUAAAUUAGCAUUAAUAUUGAUUGACAGAGCAAGGCUUUUUUUUUUUUUUUUAUCUUUAUUUUAUCUUUUAUUUGGGUAUAUAUAUAGAGAAAAAUCAGAUUGAAAGGGGGGUUGGAGAUUGAUUUUGGCUGUUUGAUUUUGGGGGUUGGAGAUUGAUUUUGGCUAUUUGAUUUUGGGGGAAUUUGAUUUUUUCUUCUUGGUUGAUUCUGGGGUUCUCUUGGUUGUUCUUUUUGGUCUGAGUUUGGGGUUGCCGGAGGUGAGAGCAAGAGAAAGGAGAUCACCGGAGGAGACUAUGCAUUUCCUUGGUUUUUGUUGCCUUAGGUAAACUUUUCUGAUCAGAGGAGGUUUUGGGGGGAGGGUGGUGAAGGAAAGGUUGGAGCUUGAUCCCGUGGGUGGGAUCCCUCCUUCCGAUCCUGAUCUGUUUUUCUUCCAAAAUUUUCGCCAUGGUUGUUUUAAUUUCUUUGUGUUGAUGUACUGCAUUUGUAUUUGAGGUUGAUAUCGUGAAUGAAAUCAAGCAUUUUCUUUUUA